AUGGCUGUCUAUCACGACCUGGACUGGCUCUUUGCCGUCGGUACCAUCUUCUUCUUGAUCUCUGUCUGGGGUAUUGGUGCCAAUGAUGUGGCCAACUCUUACGCGACGUCGGUCAGUUCGAGAUCUCUGACCUUGAUCCAAGCUGGUAUCCUCGCGACCAUCACAGAAUUCAUUGGUGCCAUUGCCCUUGGACAGCAGGUCACCUCGACCAUCCGCAGCGGUGUCUUCUCCAUCGACCGCUUCCUCGACUCGCCUGGAGUUCUGAUCAUGGCCAUGGUGGUGGCUGAAGUUGGCUCUUCGAUCUGGCUUACCGUCUGCACUUACUUCGGUUUCCCCGUCUCCACCACCCAGUCCAUUGUCGGCGCUCUCAUCGGUGUUGCCAUCGCCUCGGAUCUCCCUGUUCACUGGGGAUGGAAGUCCCAGAGUGUGUCUCAGAUUGCUGCCUCCUGGGGUAUUGCGCCCGUUAUCUCGGCUGGAUUCGGUGCUAUCAUCUUCAUGAGUAUCCGGUUGUUGGUGCAUUCGCGCCAGGACCCGAUGAAGUGGGCUCUGCGCGUUCUUCCAUUCUACUAUGCUCUUACCGCUGGAAUUCUCGCAUUGUUCAUUGUCAUCAGUGGUGGACAUGGCGUUCCCGAACUCGAGGACCUAGGUGCGGGCAAGGCUUGCGGUAUCAUCAUUGGUGUCUUUGCCGGUGUCUGGGUCAUCAGCGCUGUCUUUUUUGUGCCUUACUACUGGCGCAGCCUUGUCAAGGAAGACCGUCGCCUCCGGUUCUGGCACAUCCCCAUGGGCCCUCUCCUCUGGCGCGACGGCUACACCCUCUACUUCCCCGGCAACCCCGAGAAGGGCAUUGUCCCCAACUACUACGAGAGCGACCUGAAAGGGACCGACGAAAAGGGCGACACCGAUACCCUUGGCUCCGUCACCGAGGGCCAGCAGUCCACUCUCGUCAGCCCGGAAAUCGAGCCAAUCAAGGGUGACGGCGACACCGCCGAGAGCGAAGCCCAGCGUGCCGACGCGAAGCUCGCAGAAAAGCACCAGAAGGAGCUCCAGGCUCUGGACUCGCUGCCCUGGGCCCACCCUAAGCGCAUCUACGCGACCCUCAAGCUUGUUUUCACGUAUGGUAUUACCCGGGACGUCAUCCACCACCAGUCCAAGGGUCUGGAUCAUAUCCAUCGCCGGGCUCCCCAAUUCGAUAACAAGGUUGAGCAUCUUUGGACAACGGCGCAGGUCUGCUCUGCUAUGAUCAUGUCCAUCUCCCACGGCGCAAACGACAUCUCCAAUGCCAUCGGCCCAUUCACCACCGAGUACAUGACCUGGCACACCGGCGUGGCCUCCGCCAAAACCGAUACCCCAACCUGGAUCAAGGCUGUUGGCGGUUUAGGCCUGGGAGUUGGCUUCUGGACCUUCGGCUACCACAUCAUGCGCAGUCUCGGCAACCGCAUUACCAAGCACUCUCCUACCCGCGGGUACAGCAUGGAACUCGGUGCUGCGAUUACGGUCCUCCUUGCGUCGCGGCUGGGUCUGCCUGUCUCCACGACGCAGUGCAUUACCGGUGCUGUGCUGGGUGUUGCGCUGGUGAACAUGGAUCUGAAGAGCAUUAAUUGGAAACAGCUGGCGAAGAUCUUCCUUGGUUGGGUUCUGACGCUGCCGUGUGCUGGUCUCAUUAGUGGGAUUAUCAUGGGGAUGGCGCUGAAUGUUCCCCAAUGGGGACGGUAA